UGUAAGUACACCCAAACACGACGCAUUAGACAAGUUAAUUCGGCCCAAACUCUCAGCUCCCGCACCGCAGCCAACCGAUCAUAUAACGUUGCUAGCAAAGUGCAAACUAAUUUUGGGGACACAUUCAAUACUAAUAUACCAAGGGCGAUGAGCAGAAAUGGAGGAGAAGAGGAAGUGAGGCAAUUGGCAGCUGAACUUGGCAAAACCCUAAAAGAAGGGGAAAGAAUCCUUGCCCCAACCCGACGCCCCGACGGUUCCUUCCGCAAGGCCAUUCGAAUUCGAGCGGGUUAUACGCCUCAAGAUGAAGUCGCCAUUUAUCAAUCCAAAGGCGCUCUUUGGAAGAAAGAAAUCGAGUCCACGCAGGAGGUGCCUCCCGGGUAUGAUCCGGCGGCGUUGGAAGCCAAACCUAAGUCCAAAUCGGCUAAAAGGAAUGAGAGAAAGAAAGAAAAACGUCAACAGGCUGCACUUGACAAGGGUAAAGAAUUGGAGAACAGUGAUAUGUUUCCUGCUGAAGAUUCAAACGAUGUGCCAGAGAAUGAGGAAUCAGUUGCAUCCAAGAUGAAUGAACUCUCACUUAGUGCAAGUACCCCUAUAGUCAUACCACCUUCAAAUUCAACGGUGUGUUCUACUCCAGAGGACCAGGUUCAAGAUAUUGAUAAAAAAAUUCGAGCUCUGAAAAAGAAGAUUCGGCUUACUGAAGCUCAGCAACAGAAAACUGUGGAGAAAGAUAUGAAACCGGAACAGUUGGAGAAGGUAGCCAAAUUAGAAGGUUGGCGCAAUGAGUUGAAGCUUUUAGAAGACGAGAAAGCUAAAUUGACAGCAUCACUUUCAUGAAGGUGGGCACAUGGUAGGAUGAACGAUGUGCAGUUCUUGUUUAUGGUUUGAUUUAUUGAAUGGAUGACAUGAAUUGAUAGAGCAAUCUAGGUUUUGCAUUGUGCAAGGAGCCUUGCUAGUAAAAAUAGUAGCUUGUGCCACUCCUCUUGUUUUCUAGUUAAGACUGAUUAACUAAUUGAAGUACCAGAAGUGCAGACCGUUAUUUCGUAGUUGGCUUGUUGAGUAAUGUGGAUUAUGCAGCACUUGAUGGUA